CUGAUCCUCACUGAGAGGAUGCUAUCGAUCAGGCUUGCAAAUGCUUCCCCCUCCAGUUUGGCAAGCAUGCUAGUGUGCGCAAUUAGACUUUUUCUGCUUCUUAUAGGCUUAUCGCACAAGGUGAUGUGAGCGGCGGCGGCGGCGGCGGCACACUGCAUGGGAAAGCCGAGGCAUCAAUGCAGAACUCCUCAUCGCUGUUCGGGAUGGUCAGCCACUGUCAGACGCCGACCUUCACGGACUUCACCGGCGUGGCGCUCUCCGUGUACGGCAGCAAGGCGGACAUCUGUGCGCUGCGAGCCGGGAACGGCGGCGGUUUUGGAUCUCAGGUUUGCCGGAGCCCCCAUGACACCCCGACUCACAUGAACUGCGCCAGCCCGAAGCGACUCAGCGCGCCCGAGCAGAAGGCGCAUCUGUCCGCCAAACCUCCGCGGUCGUGCUUCUCUCUCCCACCCAUGCAAGUGAAUGGUGCCUACUGCUCAGAGAAAGAUGUAGACGCUGAGCUGGGUGACGGUGAGGGAACCCUGAUGCGAUGUGGGCAGAGCCUGCCACUGCCAGUGGGGGGUCAUUCAGGGGGACUUUACCCCCAGAGCCUCCACUGUGACAGACCUACCCCCAACCUCCUUUUGCAGGACGGCCCUCACCAAGACACCAGAUCCUCCUCUGCCUUCCAGAGGACCCUGCCGGGGGCCUCCCCUGGCCUGGGCUGCAGCAAUGCCAGUGCGGCUCGCUCCUCUCUCCCUUACCUAAUCAAACAGGAGAACUCAAUGGGCUAUAAAAUCUCCAGCACAGGGUCAGAGGUCCAUAGCACGUCUCAGGCUGGGUUUCAGAACUGUAGAGCAGGCCAAGUUUUGGGGGUGGCACGGGACGAUACAGUUGGAGCUCCGCAUGUUAGCAACAACGGUAGCGGCGUAUGCGCAGCAGGCGCUGUAGGUAGUGCUGUGUCAAGGGACACAGUGCAACCGUUUAAUAAUGAAGAUGGCUCCUCCCCACUGGCUUUGUCUCCAACUGGCUCCCGUCAUUCAGCGCGGCCGCUCAGUGCUAGCAAUCUGAAGAGACGCUGCCUGUCCCUGGCCUCGCAGUCCACUGCCGCUGCUGGCACCGGCAGCGUUGCUGCCACAGGUUCCCCAUCAGCUACUGGUACUGCUUCUGAGGAGAUCAAUAUCACCGCCAUCAUCUGCUCUUCCUCCCAGAUGUCGAUGGUGGCCUGCGUCAACGGGUUCCGCACUAACCUCUCACCCAGCCACACCAGCAGUGCGGGGUUCUCCUCCUCUUCCUCCUCCUCUUCUACGUCCCCACCCUCUAACUCUUGCUCAGUGGAAGCCCUCCAGAGGCCCCCACCUCACGGCAGCCCCCAGCAAGCCACGGUACAGGAGAGCUGUAAGCUGUCCUCACCUGCCACCUGCCUGCUGUCCCUUUCCUCCUCCUCCUCCACGUCCUCCUCUUCAGUGUCCUCAGUGGAGCCGGAGCAGAGCCAGGGGCAGAGCCAGGGGCUGUGUGAGGAGCAGGGCUCCAUGCUGCAGGGGCGUGGGGCUGGAGGAACAGCUGGUGGAGGAGUGGGAGGAGGAGGAGGCUCGGACGGGUUGGGGCUACUGAUGAGUGGGGCCCUGAUGUCUGGUACAAUGCAUUCGGGACCUGAAGCUGGGGCUCACCUGGAUGGGGGCCAAAGAUCUGGGGCUCCCCUCAAGCAGGAGCCCCUUGAUGACUUCUCCCCCAGUGAAGACGAACUCUUUCAGCACCACUAUCAUCAUCACCAUCACUUGAGUGGUCGUAGUGGGCACCUUUGUCACCCUCACCACCCCCCUCGACCUGCCAUGCCUCCACCCUACCAUCUGCACCAAUAUGUGGGGCCCAGCCCUGGGGGCCUGCUGCACCACCAGAGCCAGCAAACAGCGCCAGCCUCUGCCCUGGGACACAAACAGACCUCCGGAGGCCCUCCUGGGUCCCACACAGCCCCAGAGCAGGAAGAAGUCGUUGGAGGAGCACUGGGUGAUAAGCAGGUCUGUCGCUGGAUUGACUGCAGUGCUGCAUACGAGCAGCAGGAGGAGCUUGUGAGGCAUAUUGAGAAGGUCCACAUCGACCAGCGCAAAGGUGAGGACUUCACCUGUUUCUGGGCUGGCUGCAUUCGCCGCUACAAGCCCUUCAACGCACGCUACAAGCUGCUCAUUCACAUGAGAGUCCACUCCGGAGAGAAACCUAACAAGUGUAUGUUCGAGGGCUGCAACAAAGCAUUUUCACGUCUGGAGAACCUGAAGAUCCACCUGAGGAGCCACACAGGGGAGAAACCGUACCUGUGCCAGCACCCCGGCUGCCAGAAAGCUUUCAGCAACUCCAGUGACCGCGCCAAGCAUCAGCGCACUCACCUGGACACGAAACCAUAUGCAUGUCAGAUCCCCGGCUGUACCAAGCGUUACACAGAUCCCAGCUCCCUACGCAAACAUGUCAAGAUCCACUCGGCCAAAGAGCAACAGGUGCGUAGAAAGCUUCGGCCCUGCCCUCACCUGGAGCAGGAUGUCCUGAGUGAUUGUUUGUCCAUGCAGCACCUUCAGAGCUCCACCUCCUCACAGCACCUCUACAACGGCAAAGAUGGUCGUUCUCCUGGACUAGGCCAAGACAUCUUCACAGGCCUGUACACUGGCGACAGCACCCCGCACCACAGUGCCUCUGUGGAGCUCCUCUCCCCUAACCCCAACGCCGUCUCUGCCACUGACCUGCCCUCUCGACAACACCGACUAGACCGGGACCUGGGCAGCCCUCAUCACCUGUCCCCACUGACCGCCAUGGACGGCACGAGAGAUGGGGUGUCGGGUCCCCUCCUGUCUCCUGGGAUGAAGGGAACAGGGACGCCUCCUCCUCCUCCUCCGCCUCCUCCACUGGAGAAACAGCAUGUUCACCCUCACCAAAAGCCCUACUCUCACUAUCACCAUCAUCAGUCUGCCAACGACGAAUACCAAGGCAGCUUUCAGAGCUGCUUCCAUUUCGGAGACUCCUACAGGAUGGAGCAGACAGUCGGUGGUGUCCACGUCCCAGGAGACACUCACGCCUACACUUCCCAUCAGCACAAUGGCUUCCACAUGUUGACUAGCAACACUGGCCCUGCAGGCUUCAGCUUGACCCAGGAGCUGCAUGGAAAUGCAGGGUGCCAGUUCUCUUCAAGCCCAGAGGAGAGCAUUUUCUUCCAGGGACGCUCCACUGAGGAGUACUACUCAGCAUGUAAAACACAUGUAGAGAGUCUUCUGUGGCUGUGAAGGACGCUUUCUGAAGUCUGAGAAAAUAACCCCAAUGAUGUCAUAGUGAUGUCAUCAGGGUUAUUUGGGCUUGGGCUUGAGGCAGAUUUAUAACAGAGAGCCUCUGUUAUGAACUUGGGAUGUGUACUUUGAAAUAUGUGGGCAUUUACCCUGCAGGGAGGGUCUUCCCAAAGAUGCGGUUGAGCUGCAGUAUGAGAAUUGUAGGAUGUGUUAUUCUUGGAGCUUGACCCAUACAAGAGACUAAAAGUCGGGAUAUUUCAGCCUCUGCGGGAUCAAUUUUGUCCAUUCUGUUUUUAAUCUGUCUCUUCCAAGUCCGCCAAUGUAAUGAAAGUACAAUGCUAAAAUCGCUGGGAGGUCCCUUUAUUCAUUCUGAGACCGUUCAGAUUCGUCUUGUGAUCCCAUGUGGGGGUCAGACGCCCUGCUUGGGAACCGCUGGGUUAGAAAGAUUUUAAAUAUGUAAAAAGGAAGCCUUAAAAAAACAAACCCUAUUUGAUCUGGUUCUGGCUGAUACAAUUUUUACUCAUGUUAAAUGAAGGAAUGACACGAGACAAA